GCGGCGAGUAAGAUGGAAGAUGAGGAGGUCGCUGAGAGCUGGGAGGAGGCGGCAGACAGCGGGGAAAUAGACAGACGGUUGGAAAAAAAACUGAAGAUCACACAAAAGGAGAGCAGGAAAUCCAAAUCUCCUCCCAAAGUGCCCAUUGUGAUUCAAGACGAUAGCCUGCCCGCCGGGCCCCCUCCACAGAUCCGCAUCCUCAAGAGGCCCACCAGCAACGGGGUGGUCAACAGCCCCAACGCCACCAGCAGGCCAGCCCUUCCGGUCAAGUCCCUAGCACAGCGGGAAGCCGAGUACGCAGAGGCCCGGAAGCGUAUCCUGGGUAGUGCCAGUCCUGAAGAGGAGCAGGAGAAACCCACCCUCGACAGGCCCCCCAGGAUCUCCCACCCUGAAGACAGCAGACAGCCCAACAAUGUGAUCAGACAGCCCUUGGGUCCUGACGGGUCACAAGGCUUCAAACAGCGCAGAUAAACGCAGGCGCGAGAGGAUGCCGCUGCCGCUGCCGCCACCGUCUUCGCCUCCUGGGUCGUCUGCCACAGGUCACACUGCUGUGGCCGACAGCUGGACUUGAGCAGAGGGAACGACCUGACUUACUUGCACUGUGAUCCCCCUUGCUCCACCCACUGUGACCUUGAACCCCAUGCACUGUGACCUCUCUCCUUCUCCCCUUCCCACUGUGAUUGGCACGUCGACAAGGGCUGUCUCAAGUCAAUGGAAAGGGAGAGAGGGUUGGGGUCGGGGGAGGGUUUGGGGGACCCACCAAGCACUCAGAGUCAGACAGUGCCACUUGGCCACUUGGGGUAAAGCCAGUGCCAGCAAUAACAGUUUAUCAUGCUCAUUAAUUUGGGAUUUCAAAACACAAGUGAGAACUCCCACCUCCCCACCCUCAAGUGCAUGACUUCAUCACUUAAAAAGUAAGUUCCAUUUGAAAAUAUCCUUUCUUUUUUUUUUCCUUCCUGUUUUGUUUGUUUAUACAAAUACCUGAUUUGCCAGAGAAGUGCAUGGGAGGGGUUUUAGUGGUUUAAUGAAUUUUUAAUUGAGAGGAAUAGUUUGGUAGUCUUACUUAAAAAUGUUUCUGGAUAAUUCUCUGGAAACAUUAACCAAUAGGAUUUUGGUGAGCUUAGCUUCUGUAUUCCUACUGCCACCCAGAAAGGGGGCAGGGCUCUUGCAGCCCCAAGGACAGGUGAGCACCCAUGCCUAUAUACCUCCCCCUUCCCUGCCCCACCCCUGCUGAGACCCUACCUGGAGACUGGGCUAGCUCGACAGGCUCAGAGAGCCUGGGAGGGUGCUAGCCCCCACCUCAAGUGUACUGGGAGAAGUGAAGGGACUUCUCCUUCCAGACCCAUGGGUGGCUCCCACUGGCCACUUUAAGAAGAGAGCUUGGAGCCUCAGAGAGGGAUACCCACCUGGGCCUUGAAGCAAGCAAUGUGGUCUCGUUCAGUAUUUCCCUGUCAGCAUGUGGCCAGAGAGGACUCCAGGCCUUCUGCCUGGUAUGGGCAGAAGGCAGCUAGAUCUUCCCAUCCCGGCAAGGCUCAGACUCUGGGGAGCUUGUGGUGCUCGCUGUCCUGGGAUAACCCAGCUCAGUAGUUAGCCCUGGGCUGUUUCUGUGCCUGGGGAGCAGCUGACCCCAGGUGAGGCUGGGAAAGGCAGCAUGUGCUGGCAGCCUGGCUCUUAGGAGCCUCAGCUGCCCUUUGCCCUUUCCAGGGCAGGGCUGCAGGGAAGGCACUGUCUCCUUUGUCCCUGCAGCCUGGGGCCUUUUUUUUCCCCCUUGAAGUGGAAGAGGCUAGGAGGACUGCUCCCUGGACAGCUCCGUGUGUACACCCUGCCCCCUUGCAGGCUGCUUCCUGGUCUCUCACCUUGCACUGCGCCUUACCCCUCUGCCAGCUUGCCCGCUCCCGACCAGCAGAUGGGUUUGGGCCAGUCAGUGUGUGAUGGAGGGCAGCUCAUGGUUGUCAGGGUGGCGAGUUGGGGUGUUGAAACCCUCCUGCUUUAGCUCACUUGGUUCUCGGCCCUACCCUGUGGGUAUGCCAGGCCAGCCCCUGUGGAGCCAUGUCCCAUGACACCUUCCCUUCAGGAGGAAGGGCCAGCUGCUGGUUGAGUCAGCAGCCAGUCCCUAGCACGGGAUGGUGUGGAGCUCGGGGUGGCCCCGGGGAUGGAGUGGGAAUGGGGCUGCCAUCAAGAGGACAUGUGACUACCUCCAGGAGUAGGCAGGAGGACAGAUGGCUGCUAAUCUUCCCAGUUGCACUGCCCUGGCCGAGUGUCCGCAUUGGAAAUAUCUCGUGUCCAUCCCUCAAGGAGUGGCAGCUCUGGCCCAGGUGGGAAAGCCAGAGGGGCCGUCCCCCCAGUCCCUGGCAUCCCGCUCCUACCCUGCCCUCCUCCUGUGGGAGUCCAAGGCGAGGCUGGCAGGAAGGGUCUUUGGGUUGAAGAUGUGGCAGGGACUGGUGCUCCCACCUCCUUCCAGCCAAAGAUGGGGCUCUGCCCGCUGUGUGCCUGGCACCACCCACCAGCAGCCCCUUUCCCCCACCCCCGCAGUUCCCCAGGAGAGGUGGCAGGCAAAAUUAAAAAAAGCAAACAAAAGGAAUUGUGUUGUUGGGGAGAAGCGGGAAGGGAGAAGGGAGAACGGUUUGGAUUUUGUGUGGGGUUUUUGUUUUGUUUUCGUAGUUGUCUGUAACUUUCCUCAAGUGCUUUUUCUCCUUUUCCUUUUUUUUUUUUUUUAAAGUAAGUUGCAGGCUUUGGCUUGGAACUCCCCAGGGGGUGGGGGUGAGGGGCAGAAACCGGAGGCUGCUGCCCUUUUAUCUGCCUCCAGGGUACUGUCCCUUUCCCUCGGCUCCCCCUCCCUACUCCGGACCCCAUGAGCCAGGCCUCAGACCUUCCAGCUAACCGCUUCCCAUGAGCCACUACUACGAUGUCAGCCUAUAACCAAAGGAGCUGGGGGACAGGGCCUGGUGAUUAACCCUUCUUAGCCCACUCAGUGAGGGUGCUCCCCACCUGCAGGCAGGAGGCAACACCCCAUCUGCUACCAUCAGCCCCUUCCAGAGCCCACCUGCCCCGCCAUACCCUGCUCUGCCCUGUCUGGGGUGCUCUGCUCAGGGAUGGGCCGGCAGGGCUACACCCAGCUUCCCUGCUAAGCAGAGGUUCGAGAACCCUCUGGGGUCCUGUGUUUCUGGUCGUGUGACCCCAGGGGUGCUCAUGGGCCCCUUGGGUGUCUGAACGGAAGGGAACCGGGAGGGAGGGCCGCACCCAGGCAGGCUUUGCUGCUGGCGAUGCGGACGGCUGCCCACCCCUACCCUACCCGCCCCGCGGGCACCUGAGUCGGCAGAUACAGCAUUUUAUAAAUUGUAUUUUAAAUACAUGUUUUAAACUUG